AUGGAUGUUCAGUUUUAUCACUUCCUUCACCAUUUUACCAAUUUAAACAACUGGAGGAUUAUGUGGCUUUUUGACAUGUUGGAUGGCAAUGCCAAAGGAGAGGUAGAUUUUGAGGCGGUGUAUGUGCUCCUCUGCAUUCUCCUUGCUAGACAGAACAACAAAGUGGAGCAAAUUCUGACUCGCCAUACAAUGUUGCUGUUUCAGCUCAUCGAUUUGGAUGGACAGCGCUGCAUCACUGUUGACAAGUUCCUGGAUGCGAGAUUCCUUUUUGGUCUUAAUAAAACCGAAGCAAAAAAGAUGUUUAAUUAUUUUGAUUUGCUGGAGAAUAAGAAAUGGAACUACAAAGAGUUUAGGCUGUUUGCUGUAUUGUAUGACAAUGAAAAAUGGAAGAUCGAAAGGGGAGCUUUAAAGCGCACAGCCAAAAAAAAGAAAGCCACAUAUGUGAAGCGUGCAUUUGAGUGGAUGCUGGAUGCUACAUCGAGAGCCAUCAAAUAUAUGACAGACCCCAUGAAAGACGAUUAA